AUGGAUUCGAUUAUCUCUAGUCAAUCUGAUCUUAAUCUUCCGACUAGUUCAGCUCAAAAUCACGAGACAACGAACCCGAAAGAAAGGAGAUCUCUAAAAACAAAAUUCUUUGCUUGCAUUGGUGCUCAUGAGUUUUCCUCACCUGAGAUAUGGAAGGCAGCACUGACAGAGUUAGUGGCGACUGCAUGCUUAUUAUUCACAUUAACCGCAUCCAUUUUCGCCUGCUUGGACUCGCACGACGCUAAUCCCAAGCUUCUUGUCCCAGUCGCGGUCUUCGUUAUCGUCUUUCUCUUUCUCAUGGUAACAGUCCCCCUUUCAGGUCAGCACACGAGUCCAGUUUUUACUUUCAUUGCUGCACUCAAGGGAUUCAUAUCUCCUGCACGGGCAUUUACCUAUAUCUCGGCUCAGUGUGUAGGUUCAAUCACAGGGUUUCUCCUACUCAGCAGUGUAAUAAACCACGAGGCAGCCAAAAAGUAUUUCUUUGGAGGCUGCACUAUCGAUGGGGUUAGCCCUGGAACGGCAUUGAUAUUGGAAUUCUUUUGUACUUUUGUGGUGCUUUUUGUUGGUGUGUCAAUAGCGUUCGACAAGAGAAGAAGCAAAGAGCUAGGGUUGUCGAUGGUUUGUGCAGUUGUUGCAGGUGCCAUGGCACUGGAAGUUUUUGUGUCGAUCACUGUGACCGGGAAGGUAGGCUGUGCGGGCGUGGGGCUUAAUCCCGCUAUGUGUUUAGGGCCAUCGUUAUUGCUAGGUGGUUCCUUAUGGGAUGGCCAUUGGAUCUUUUGGAUUGGACCUUGUUUCGCUUGUGUAAUUUAUUAUGGUUUCACCAAGGGUUUACCGAAAGAAGGUCUGGUUUGGGAAGAUGAAGAGCGUGACUUUAUUAGCUUGGUUGCGCCUUCACUUUGUUGUUCGGGCCCUAGAAGUAGAACUCAACCUCAUGGGAAGAUUAAUGGGAAUUGUGAGAGUAUGAAUAACUGA